CCUAUACCUAUACCUAUACCUAUAUCUUAGGUACCUCCUCUCCCUAUCAACCUUGGAGCAAAGCACCUAAGCAAAUUAACGUAACUUAACAACUUUCUUCCACCCUCCCCUCUUCUCUGCCUCCUUCACUUCUGACACACGCACGCACUCCACAUCCAUUCCUCGUCAUCGAUCACCGUCACCGUCACCGUCACCGUCACCGUCACGGCCACCUUCACCUUACAAUACCAUUCGAGUGCGGACGAGAGACUCAUACCUAAGUAUUCCUAUCCUAUGCGACGAGUGCUGUCCAGAUUACCCUUUCGGCGCCAGCGAGGACAGGUCAAGGUCGGCCACCAGUAGUAUGGUCCAUUCCGGCAUCGAACCUAGACGAAAAACUCACAAACUCACCUGCACGGUCAAAAUAAUUCGACAGAUAAAGCUAGACACAGCUUCUGACAUCGAACAUAGCUUCUUGUACCACCACACCGUGUUAUAUUACCAGUGUUCCCACGUGCAGGUAAAUGUACGGCAGGAAAGCGCCCAGAAACAUGUGUGAGUAUAUUGUUGGCCGCCGGACAUCUAGAUCAACCGUCUGCCAGUCAAAGAACCCCAGCUCUUGCUCUGAGCCACCACCUCCAGCUAAGAAGCCCGCAGCGGCUAAACUCGCAGAAUGUUCCAAGGCUAAGAAUUCUUCGUGUUCCUGCUGCAAUCUUGGUUCCAGAGCCCGGUCCAGGUCUCCUAGGACACAGGUCCACGUAACUGACUUUGACACCUCGUCAGACGAAUUGAGUGGUGGCGAGAGUAGCAGAGGCGUGCGCGAGGAGAAGGUACUGAAGUCUGCUCUGAAGAAGCCUGCGUUGAAGGUGUUACCCAAGAAGACUUUAUCUGAGGUAUGCAAGACCUCGAAGCGCGAAGCGUCAGAAUGUGAAUGUGUAUACUGCCUCAAGCUUCUGCUCAGCCAGGUAAAGAUUGACAUCGAGAAGAAGCAGGACCAGAAGAAGCACGUCAGCUUCGACAACAGCUUUGAAAAGCCACCGGCCAAGGAGAAGAGUAACAGCGAGAAACAAAAGACCCAAAAGACUAGAGGCCAGAACCAAAACAAAAGCCAAAGCUAUCAGCAAGACCAGCAAGUAGGCAAUCAGAAUAAGGUUCAGAGCUUGCAGAUAGGUGAAACGAACGAGAAUCGAGGCCAGGAAGGACAGCAGGUGAAUGUCCAGCGGCAACGCAGCCAGAACCAGAAUUUUAUGCCAUACACGCGACACACCCACAGCUCAGCUUACAUCAAUCCAGGCAACCUUCCGUUCUCCAUAAAUAUCCCAAUUGGGACUUUUUCAUCGAGAUACUUACCAAUGACGACCAGGAAAAUGAGCUCCGAGCGUAUUUUGACGCCUUCCAGGGCCGAUGUCGUUCUGAGGGAGGAUGUCAUCGAAUGCAGCUCUGAUCCGAGACCAAAUGCUUUCUUCGAUGUCAAUUCAAGAGUUCUACGCGUCUAUCAUGGGCCAAUUUAUGGCAAUCCGUUUUCCAGUGUGCCUGCGAACUCGAUUCACAUUGGAGCGUUCGCGCCAAGAUUCUGUGGUCCUCCCCGAGCCAUGACUGGUCAACAUACUUACGCUGGCCCUCCUCCAACACCUCAACAGGGUAACGUCUCUUCCAGUCAGGGUAACAGGGGAAAUCCGAGAUACUAUCCAGCUGGUAAUAAUGAAAAUUGCGCACCGAAUACGAACCACAAUGACUGGGGCAGCUUUCAGGCCGGAGUCAAUGGAGCUAAUCGCGGAUCACCAAAUAAUGCUUGGGGAGGCUCAUGGGGAGACAACGGAGGGCGCAUGCCAGGAGCCUGGAUCAAUGACAACAAUGCCAACCAGAACAAUUGCAAUGGAUGGGGUGGUGAUAAUCAGAACACGAAGCAGCAUAACGGAAACUCUGGUCGGGCAAGCAAUGCCAGCGGGGCCUUCUCAAACAACCAAUCCUCCGAACAAUACGUAUGUGGAACGCAGAAUCCAACCGAGUUCAACCAGAAUGACACCAACAACUCGUCUGGCUGGGACGGUAACAACCAAUCUUCAGCUGAAGACAACAGCAAUUCUGGCCCGAAUGGUACUGGAAAUUCCAAUCAUAAUAACAAAGAUUUGAGCUGGGGAGGUAAUGGAGAUUCGAGCAACAGCAACAACAACAACCCCAAUUGGGGCGGCGUAAUUAAUAAUUCGAACAAUAAUAAGAGCUCAUCCAGUUGGGGAGGCGGAAAUGCCGAUUCCAAUAAUAACAACUCGAACGGUUGGAAUGGCAACAACCAAUCGUCGUGGCAAAACGAUAACUCGUCAAAUUCUGGAAAUAACAAUCAGUCGUCGGGCCAGAACAACGAUUCCUCAGGCUGGGGCAAUAACUACCAAUCGUCGGGUCAAAACAACGGCAGUUCGUCGGACUGGGGACAUUCCAACAACGACAAUAAUAAUUAUGGAUGGGGCGAUGGUAGCAACCAGAACAACCAGUUCUGUGGCCAGAAUAAUUCUUCGACCUGGGGAGGGAAUGGCGAUUCGGGCAACGUUAACAACAAUCACGACAACCCCGGAAGGGAUGACAAUGACCUGUCUGGUCAGGAUAAUGGCAAUGUUUCGAAGUGGGAAGGAAUUGGUAAUUCAAACAACAAAAACUCGUCUAGCUGGGAAGGUAGUGGGAAUUUCAACAGCAACAAUUCGUCUGGCUGGGGAGAAACCUCCAAUAAUACCCAGUCAUACAACAGUAGUACAGGCUGGCAGAACGGAGACAACCCAAGCAUGUCAGUGACCUUCCCCAGACGAACUUCUCGAUGCUGACCUUCGCCUCAAAGAAACAACCAGUCUAACAACAGCAAUAGCGGAUGGCAGAACGGAGGCGGGUCACAAAAUGGCGGGGGCCGGAACGAGUAUAUUGAUCCGCUUUGUAGCCAUACUUUUUCUGAUUGUGAUAACUGACUUCAAGUGAAGCAACAACCAAUCCAGCAACCAGUCGAACAACAAGAAUGGAUGGCAAAGUGGGAGUGGCUGGAGCGAGUAAAUGGACCUCUUCGCACAAUUUGCGUGUAGAUCCGAGAACUGAUAUCGGUUGUAGUAAUAACCAAACCAGUAAUAAUAACAACAAUAACAGUGUCUGGCAGAAUGAAGUCGGCUCACAGAACGGAAGAGGUUGGAAUAGCAAAAAUCAGUCAAACAACCACAACAACACAUCUUCUGGUUCAGGCUCGCAGACAGGAAACAACGGCGGUGGCCGGUCAGACUCGUGGAGUGGUGGGGGAGAAGCCACUUCUGGAAAGGCAAUGAAUGGUUGGUAAACAUUCGAUGGGAUGAUACCAGGCAGCCUCAAGCGUUUUGAUUGUGAUCAGGAAGCUCGCCCAUACUGCACUCUUGCAUUGAGAGCUAGCCCUGGAGUGGGUACAUGGAUCAUUAUUUGCUGUAAAUGAUCCAAGUUUCCCAGCAUAUUACUUUCGUGAAUUUACAAGGGACUAAUAGGUCGAUCCAUGGCUUAACUUUGGCGCUACUAUGCAGUAUUUUUCAGAGCAAAGACCUGUCAAUUUUAGUGUAACAUUACAGAAU